AUGAAGUACUUCGCGUGUCAGCCGGAUAGUCAUAACGGGUUUGGGUUGCUCAUUGGCCACACACUCACGUACUUUGCCGUGGAGUGCGGUGGCGGCGAUGACGGCGCCGCUCCCGCUGCCUCAAGUAGCGAUGAGGGCGCGUUGCGCGUGCGUGCGCAGCACAGGGUGACGCUCCCGCACGAUUUUGGCACGGCACCGCAGUGCUUCAGCAUGGCGAAUCGCUCCUUGUACGGCUUUGACAUGGCGGUUGUAGGGGCGGGUAGCGGCGUCUUGGCCGUGGUCGUCAUGCCUAACUCUGGCGUCGUCUACUUCCCCGGGCGAAACCCCGCCUCGCUGCGCGCGCCCACCACGGCAGCAGCAGCAGACAGGCAGGGCGAGCACCGUGCCGCGCCACAGCCACAGUCGCACUCCUCCGCGAGCACCGUGGGCCCGUCCUCCCUCUCCUCGCCCUUGCUGGGGCAACCCGCUGAGGUGGACCGCGGCGUGGGGACCAUCACGUGGAUGCGUGACAAGCCGCUUGUCUUCGUCGGCUUCACCUCUGGCAGGGUUGCGUGGUACCACGUGACCCUUGCCUUUCCCGCGCAGCUGCCCAAGACGACCGCGGGGCACGCAGACGCCGCAUUAUGUGCAGCGUCGGAGCCUGUUGCCAACUUUGCGAGCGGUGCUGCCGGUGGUGGUUACGCGUUUCCGUCGAGCACGUGGAUGCAGAGCAGCUUUGCACGGCGCGGCGGUGCCCGGCGGACCCACGAAAACGGGGACGGCGAGGGUGUGCGAGUACGGCUGCAGCUUUCGUGCGCCUUCCAGGAGACGGGGUCCUUCCUCACGAGCGACUGGUUCCCAGCGACCGGGUUCGUGGUGGCUGGGGCGGAGCGGGCGGUGUACGUGUUCUCCACGGAGCAGCCGGGGGCUCCGCUGUGCGCCGUCACGAACAUCGGCUGCAGUUUUCUCGCCUGCCACCCCUUCCUGCCUAUCCUUGCCUGCCUCUCCUUUGGACGCUCGGCGGAUAACGGCACGCGACCAGACGCGUGUGCGCUGCACGUCUUUGAGUGGACGGCCGGCGGCACCCUUUCCCUCGCCGCCGAGAGGCGCACGCUUCAUAAAGCUCCGCGCCACGACGUCUACUACGGCUGCUCGUGGAAGUUUGCCGCCGAUCGGCAGCUGGCGAUCUGCAACCUGGAGGAGGGCACUGUGCAUCUGCUGCACCUCGCGAAGGCGGAAGAGGGCCUCGAGGCGGUGCCGCAGGAGGAAGACGCAGGCAACACCGCGGCGCCGCGGCCCGUCUACACGUUCACCCGGGAGCGAGAGAGGCAGCUGCCGCUGCAUUCGCUCGUCAACAUCGAGUUCCUCUCCGCCGCGCGUGGUGCAUGGCUGCGGGAGCACCCGUUGACAGAGCGCAUGCCGCAAGUCACAGGGGCACGCGGUAGAGGGCACCGCCCGCCCGACGGGAACUCCGCCGCGAGGAAGGCAGGGGGCCGGCGUGGGGCAGGCGACCGCCGUCGUUGUGGGCGGGAGGGAGGUGUUGGAUGCGGCAGACCCACCGCAUGCUUUUGCGCGGCCGCAGACGAGGAUGCGGGCGUCCGGCAGGGGCUGGGCGUGUUUUCCCGCAUCGUUGGCGUCAACUGCGCGGGCGAAGUCACAGCCACUCCGGUGGACGAAGACGCGACGCUCGCCAUUUUAGGCCCUGGCCGCUUCGCCGUUGGUUUUUGUGCGUCGGUGUUUGUGGCGGGAGGCGAGGCGGACCCGCUGGACGUGGAGCAGCGCAUGCGGCGGCGGUUGGCGGCCGGCUUCGGCGUCCCCGCCGCCGCCAACGUGCAGGCGCUGCGUGCGUGCGUCGACGCGGCCGACGUGGACCUGCGCGUGUUGUGCGCGUACGUCUCCAUCCUGGAGACGGUGGGCGCGGUGGGCAGCAGCGGCCCGGUUCCCAGCAUCGCCGAGCUCCUCUCGCUGGCAAACGCCCCGAACACGACGAAGCUGAUGGCGUUGAAUUUGCUGCCGCACGGCAUCACCGUCGUGUGUGGCUCCUCCACCUCGCCGAACGACGCGCGCCGGCUGCUGCUGCUGCACCUGCUCGACUGGAUCCCGCCGGAGCAGGAGCCCGCCUCCCGCGACGCGGCGUCGGCGUACGCGACUUGCGAGCAGGUGGAGCGCGCGGUGGCGGUGGAGGUGCUCCACAACCAGCGCCCGCGCGCCGUCGCGUUGCUGCAGCGGCGCCAGCAGCUCAACCCGGCGUACGCGACGCUCGCGCGGUUGCUGGAACACCCAGAGUUCAUCUGCAGCACGCUCCGCAGCGGGGCGACGGCGGUGCAGGAGUGCUUUCUGAGCCAACUGAGCCCCUGGCUGCAGGUUGUCUUUUUAUACGACAUGGACCGAACAAAAAUAUACGCAAACGCCGGUCUGCCGCUGUGGGAUCGUGUUGCCAUUGCUGUUAUUACGGAGUGCGACACGGCACGGCUCUUUUCCAUCCUCAGCAGUGCCUUUGCGCCGGAAUGUAGCAUGCUGCAGCAGCUACUGCUGCUAGAGGGUAUUUCCGAGAGCACUUGCCCAUUGAUGCAGAGAAUUGUCGACUGCACCGGGGACUUUCAGUUGGCCGCAUGCCUCUUCGCACGCAUUGGGGCAUGCACUGCGGCCCCCUCCCCUGCUGCUGCUGCUGCAGCACCGCCGAAUCUCGUGCCGCGGUGUCGCAUGGGCGCAGCAGCAGGGGAAAGAGCGAUUGGGGCCACGCAACCGGGCGACUCCGCCCACCCCUGGGAGUUGUGGGCGGCCGCCUACCGCGCCUUCCUCAACGAUGAGGGGGAGUUUGUCAAGCGCACCAUGUUUGACCUGGCCUGCCGGCAGCUGCGCGAGCUGCACCUCUCGCAGCUCACACCGCCCACGAGCCAGCAGGAGCAGCAGCUGCCACUGGGGCAGCUGGGGGCGCCGCCGCACGCGCGCGAUCCCUUCCAACCGCCUCUCCCCGGCUCGUUGCCCGACGCAGCUGCUCAAAUUGCCACGCCUGCUACACCACAGCAGCGUCUCUCAGCGUACCCGUUGCUUUCUUCCGACCGCCGUCACUGUUCGGUCUGCUCCUCACUCGUGCCGUUGUGGUGGCAGUGCGCCCAAGACAGUCUGGCGUGGUGCACCGCUUGUCGCCACGGCGGGCACGCGAGUCACCUGCAAGAGUGGUUCUUGACGCACCGCAAGUGCCCAGUGUCCGGGUGCAGCUGCCGUUGUGAACAAGUCGGAAUCGAGCCAUACGGGGAAGAGGGGCGACGUGCGCCUCCGUAG